AGGUGGUGCCCCUGCGCGUGAUCGGCCCCCGGGACGCCGCGCGGGACGCGGCGGCGCUGCUGUGGGCCCGCUACGUCUUGGGCCAGAAGACCGCCGGAGUCCUGCAGGCUCCCGGCCAGGUGCAGGGCAUGUCCAGCAUGAUGGCCGGCGACUUCAAGGGCGACCUCGCCGCUCUGGAGUCCGAGCAUUCGGUGGAGGUGCACCAGGCGGACACGCUGCUCUGGAUUGCGGGCAAGAACGCCCAGAACGUCACCACGGCCAAGCGGCUGCUGCAGGAGAUGCUGGAGUUCUACAUGCCAGAAGGGUUCCACCUGCGGAAGGGCUUGAGCAAGCAGGAGGUGGAGGCCUUGUGUCAGGACCCUGGCAUGAUCUGCAGGACGUCUGCAGACCCAGAGGUGCGGCAGGCCAGCACAACUUAA